AUGCAUCAGUUGUUGUUGCUGCUGUUGGUGCUUCGUCAUCCUUCAUGGCAUUAUCAUGAUCUUCAUCAUCCGAAGAUAAUUCGUAGUACACUAUCAUCAUCAUCAACAACAUCAACAAUAUCAUCACUUCCAUGUAGAGAAAAGGAAAUUGAACAAAUUAAAACAUCACUAUCAAAUUGUAUACAAUUAUCAUGUCCUAAAACAAUGUACAUUGCAGGAGAACCAGGUACAGGUAAAACAGCCUGUAUUAAACAAGUAUUAAAUGAUUUGGAAAAUGAAUAUAAUAAUACAUCAUCAAAUAAUAGUAAUAAUAAUAAUAAUAAUAGUAAAAGUAAUAGUAAUAAUAAUAAUAUACAUAAAUUUAAAUAUAUAUUUAUUAAUGCAAUGAAAUUAAAUCAACCAUUUAAAGCCUUUGAAAUUAUCUAUGAUCAAGUUAUUAAAAAUUCCAAUAAUAAAUUAAAAAUCAAGCCUAAAAAAGCGCAAUAUAAACCACGUAUAGAAAAUUAUUUUAAAAAUUCCAAAACAUUUAACAAACGUAAAUAUUUAAUUAUAAUAAUAGAUGAAAUGGAUUUUUUUGUAACAAAAACAUCUAAUAAUACUAAAAAUAUACAUUUAUUAUAUGAUUUAGUUGAUAUAACAAGAGAUUCUAAUAGUAAAUUAUGUAUAAUUGGAAUUAGUAAUACAGUUUCAUUAUUAGAUCAAUUAAAUAGUAAAAUUAAAAGUAGAUUUGAUGAAAUGAUAACUUUUUUUCCAUAUGAAAAUGAUCAAAUUAGAACAAUAAUUGAAAGUAAAAUAUUAACAAAUUAUGAUAAUUAUUUUGAAAAGGGUGCAAUUAAAAUGAUUGGUUCUUUAAUUGCUAGAAAAGCAGGUGAUAUACGUCAAGCUAUUGAUAUUAUUAAAAGAUGUAUUGAAAUUUAUUCUAUAAAAGGAAAUUUACAAGAAAAGAAAAUUGAUUCUUUAUUUGUUAAAUCAAUUGCAACUGAUUUUACAGAUAGAUAUCCAAUUUCACAAUUAAGUAUUUAUCAUAAAAUAUUUUUAUAUUGUACUAUUUUGGAAUAUGAAAUGAAAUUAAAAAAUUUAAAAGAAAAUCAAAAUUUAAAUAAUUAUGAAUCAAAUCCAAAUAAUUUAUUAUUUGAACGUAUUGUAAUGAGAUUUCAAAAUUUAUUAGCAAUGUUUGAAAAUUCAAUGAAUAUAAAUAGUAUUACUACUACUACUACCACUUUCAAUAAUAGUAAUAAUAAUAAUUUAAAUAAUAAUAAUAAUAGUACUUCCAAUAAUAAUAGUAAUAAUUCAAUGAAUAAUAAUAAUUUAAAUAAUUCCAAUAAUAUAAAAUAUUCAUUUAUAAAUCCAAGUUUAGAUCAAUUACAAUUAAUAAUGUUUACAUUAUGUGAAUUGGGAAUAAUUUCAAUUGAUAAUGAUAAAAGAGAACGUUUACCAAUUAUACAUUUUGAAACUGAAUAUCAAUUAUUAUUAUUUAAUUUAGAACAAGAUGAUGAAAUGAAACCAAUUAUGAAAUUAAAUAAAUAA